UUCGUAGCUUGAAAAAGUGUAGUCAAGUUAUCUGUUUACAUUUUGGUAAUCUUGUACCUGACUCUCUUGGGUUCUCUUUUUUCCAGAAGUGAUGUUUGCAUUAUAGUUUGAGCAUGAGUUGAAUUCCAUGCAGGUUACUGUAUGGAUAGACAGUAAAAAUGAUAUUGUUGUCCUUUUGCUCAUGGGGAACAUAAAGGUCUCUUUGAGGACGGUAUAUGUGUGUGUCUGUGUUAAGGGAAUGCCCCAGUAUCUUUGUUUUUAGUUGGGCUUAUUUCUGCUGAAUAACACUUAUCUAGCUCCAGCCUCUAACUUGGCAGAAUUUCGGUGUCAUGUAUGGAUAUGUGGUUUGGUUUGUCAUACAUUCCAUGAACAAGUUGAAAUCAUCGCAGAAGGAUAAAGUUCGUCAGUUUAUGAUCUUCACACAAUCUAGUGAAAAAACAGCAGUAAGUUGUUUGUCUCAAAAUGACUGGAAGUUAGAUGUUGCAACAGACAAUUUUUUCCAAAAUCCUGAACUUUAUAUACGAGAGAGUGUAAAAGGAUCAUUGGACAGGAAGAAGUUAGAACAACUAUACAAUAGAUACAAAGAUCCUCAAGAUGAAAAUAAAAUUGGAAUAGAUGGUAUACAGCAAUUCUGUGAUGACCUGGCACUCGAUCCCGCCAGCAUCAGUGUGUUGAUCAUUGCAUGGAAGUUCAGAGCAGCAACACAGUGCGAGUUCUCCAAACAAGAGUUCAUGGACGGAAUGACAGAGUUAGGAUGUGACAGCAUAGAAAAACUAAAGGCCCAGAUACCCAAGAUGGAACAAGAACUGAAAGAGCCAGGACGAUUUAAGGAUUUUUACCAGUUUACCUUUAAUUUUGCAAAGAAUCCAGGACAAAAAGGAUUAGAUCUAGAAAUGGCCAUUGCCUACUGGAAUUUAGUGCUUAAUGGAAGAUUUAAAUUCUUAGACUUAUGGAAUAAAUUUUUGUUGGAACAUCAUAAACGAUCCAUACCAAAAGAUACUUGGAAUCUUCUUUUAGACUUCAGUACAAUGAUUGCAGAUGACAUGUCUAAUUAUGAUGAAGAAGGAGCAUGGCCUGUUCUUAUUGAUGACUUUGUGGAAUUUGCACGCCCUCAAAUUGCUGGGACAAAAAGUACAACAGUGUAGCACUAAAGGAACCUUCUAGAAUGUACAUAGUCUGUACAAUAAAUACAACGGAAAAUUGCACAGUCAAUUUCUGCUGGCUGGACUGAACUGAAGAUCAAUCCUCACAAUUCAGACUGAGGGUUGUGUCAAAACUUUAAGGAUACAUCUUGGACCAUAUCGUAUUUCAUUCUUCUAAUGGUGGUUUGGGCUUGUCUUCUAGUCUGGGCCGCUCUAAACAUUUAUAAUUCCAACAUUGUGGAUUUCAUCUUAUAUCUGUGGACCAUCCUAGUUUAUUCUCCCAUAAGUCUUAGAAGCUUUAUGGUGAUUAUUUUGAGGUUUCCAUUCUUGCAUAAAGCACAAUGCUGUCUUCAUCAGAAAACAGUUUGGCAUAAGAAUUAAACAUAUGAACAUCACAAAAAAUUUAUAAAAACUUCUUAAAUAUAUGCUUUGGGCUAGUUGCAAAGACUAUGCUGAUAGCACUUCCAAUAAGAGUGAUAUAUUUAAGUGUACCAGAUCUGGAAUGGUGUUUGGUUUGGGGGGAUUUUUUUUUUUCCUGGCAAAUCACAUGUAUUGUUGAUGUGAGUAGAGUAACCGAUGUCAAAAUAACCAACGUGAGAAAUUUUUAGGAUAACUUGGUGUGCCUACCUGAAAAAUUUAUUGUGUUUCAGACCCUCGAUUUCAAAGGUUCCACAGAACUAGUCUGCACUUACCUUACCCAUGUUUAUAUAUAGUUGUCUUACAGGGAACUUUUAUUUAGGAAAUGUCUGCAUAAUGUUAGAUUCUACUCCUGUCUACAUUAUGCACUACAUAAUUGGAUUUCAUUAUGAUUUUGAAAUGCUUAUAUGCCUGUCGAAUAAGUUAAACUAUUUAAUUUGUUUUGAAUGUUUUAGAUUGCUACACAAUACAAUAUUCUAAAUUUAGGCAUGAGGGUUUAUUUUUGUUUUGUUUUGGUUUUUUUUUUUUGUUUGUUUUUGUCAGCACACUAUGGAACACAAAUGAAAUUCUCUUAAUUUAUAAGAAGAUAGUAGGAAUUAAAUUUUGAAAAUGGUCAUGAUGAGCCAUGAAGUUCAAUCCUUAUAGGUACUGCUUUCAGACAAAUAGUCCAUUUUUGAUGACCUCUUAUUUUGUUGAAAUUGCUUUAACUGCUAAUCACUGUGGUUGCCAAAUACUUACUUCAGGAGCAAAAAUUUUCAAGCAAGCAUGUACUUGAUGCAAAAUACCAAUCUGGUUUUUAUUCUUGUAAAUUAUUUAGUUUCUUCACUUUUUUUGUUUCGUUCAAAUUAGCUCAGUUUUCACAUCAAAGCAGAAUUCUAUCUUGUAUUUUUUUCAUUACAAGACCCAUGAACUGCUUUCUUGCUGAAAAUGCCUCAUUUCUCUGUUCACUUCCUGACAUGUGAAGAGUUUCUUUCUUAAACAUUUCUGUAAGGCAAGUAAAAAAAAAACGUAAAACUUCAUAUAUUGGAUGGCUUUGGUUUUUAGCAAGGAAUAGGUUUUUGCUUGGUAUAUCCAGGCAACUCUCUUAAGAUACCAAUGUUAAAAUUAUCAAAGGAAUGUACUUCAGAAUAGCAGUAUGUUUUAUGUAGAUGUGGAAAUGAUUUUAAGAAACAAUGACAUCUUACAACUACUUUUUAUUUACACAGUUUCUGAAAUGGAGCUUUCCCCAUAGAUAACUAUAUUAAUAUUCCAAUCAUAACUUUAACUCAAGAAUAUAAUUCUACCAAAAGAAUAUUUUGAAAACUUCUGUUCGGGUUACUGGAAUUGGUUAUUUUAAAAAAAGGAAAAAGAAAAAAAGAAGAAUCUGCUGCUUUCAGUAUUUCCUGAUUUCAUAUUUGUAAAUAUAAAGAGGAACUUCAAUUAUGAAAAAUUUAAAAAGAUAUAUAUAUAUAUGUACUAUUUUGUUUUUUUGUCUUGAAGAUUUUGAGUUACGGUAUUGUUUUCGGAUUGAUUAAUUCGAGUAUGCUGUGUUUUAAAAUGAGAUCCCAUUAGCUUUUUUUUUCUUCCCUCAAUAUAAAUGGUUUUACUUAGAAGUCUGACAUUGGUUCAUGGCUUAGUGCCUUGGGUUUACAGACUUUUCCUUUUAAAUGCAAGACCUUUUUCAACAAAAUAGUGUUUGUCAUCAUUUUGGUACUAAACAUUUAUAAUUACUGUGUAAUUAUAAACAAAAAAUACAUAAAGCUUUGAAUAUAAUUAUGUAGCAUAAAAGUUAAGGUUGUUCACUCUAUGAUGGCAUCUUAGAAUUAAACAGUACUAUUACUAGGGCUGAAAAGAGAAGACUGGUUUAAUGUGGUGUGAUUAUUUUGAGGAUAAAUGUCUGGUUACAGGGAAUAUUUUGUACUAAAAAAAUGCUUAUACAUAUGGCCAUGUAUGUGUGUGAAUGUGUCUGUGGGAGAGUUUGACAGAGAGAGAGGUUGAAAGAUACACACACAUGUGCAAACACACACAACUUGAAAUGCUUUAAUUCAUUAAGUGUUUCAGUCUUCAUUUUGGUAAACUCCCCAGGCUGAUUCUUUGUUUCAAAUUGAACCACAGGUACAGUUUCCUUUUUGCCAAAUGUCAAAACAGGUACACAUUUUAAAAUGUAAUGCUUUUUAAAUAGUAAAGUGUAUAAAAUUAGAAGUGCCCACAUAAAAAAUACUUGAGAUCAAGUUUAUCUUUAGUGACUAUCAUCUGCAUAUCUCUGUAAGUUCAAUUGUGCUUCUUACAAUCCCUGUCAUAUUACCAACAGAGGCAAUAAAAGCUUCAGUGAAAUUGCCAUGA